AUGGAAGAGCUAAAACAAUGGUUCGCCAAGCAAUUUGGUUUAAAUGUUCGAGAAGAUUGGUUAAAAUCCAACAUCAACCAGGCUAAAUCAACUAAUGAUCGAGAUAGUUUAUACCGGAAAUUCUUACACAGCGAUAUUCGAGAUGUAUCAAAUGGUUAUUUAACGAAUGCUCAUACUACACAAUCAACAAUUCAAUUAAAUGGUAAAAUCUGUAUGCAAGUGGAUUCGCUAUAUGAUAUCGGCCGAUCCGCUUAUUCGCAAUUACGACAAUGCCAAGGAAACGAUGACACCGAUUUCUCGGAAGCUGAUAAUAACGAUAAGAAAUGGGAACCGAAACCCACCAGAAUGCUCCUCCUAACGCUGAAUGAUGGUAUCCGAGAUGUAGAAGCAAUGGAGUAUCAACCUAUACCAGAGUUAUCCUACAAAACUCCAAUAGGUGCAAAGAUUUUGAUUAUUGGCCCUGUGACCAUGAGAUCGGCAAUGAUCUUACUUGAUAGCCAAAAUAUCCGAUUAUUAGGAGGUAGCCUACCAAAUUUAGAUGGUAAAGGCCAUCAAGAUCGCUUGCGACAGCUUUUGAAUCUACCUGAUGACCAUCCAUUAGCUACAAAGAUAAAUCAAAAUAUUCCUAUACCAAUGGAAUUUAUCAAUGCAAACAAUGAGACUAUAAAUCCUCUGAGUAUUCCGCGCAAUAAGUUCAACAACGAUGAAAAAUGGGUUAAAAAACCUUAUUCAGCAAGCAUCAAUACCCACCAACAAGUUUAUGAUAACAUCCCGCAAGACAAAAGUUUAGGCAAUAAAUCAUGCAAAAAUGAAGAUAUAUUUAUAGUUGACGAUGACUUUGACGAUGCUGAUCUGUUAGCAAUGGAUGAAGAUAUCUUUUCUCAACAUUUUCAAAAACCUAAAAAUAGUAAAGUAGAUGUGAAAAUUGAAGCGUCUACUAUCAAAAGAGAAUAUGUAUUACCCAUUGGAUCCACUAAAAGCAAUAAUGACAAUUUGCAACCCAGUCAUAGCGGCAUAAUUAAGAAUGAAAACGAUGCUUAUAAACUUUCAGAAAUGCAAAAUACUAAACUAAUAUCAACCGUAGAUUCUGAAAAUCCUAUACUAUAUUUGAUAGACAUAGAAAAUGACCUACGAAAGAACAGUGUUACUUUUCCCUUUACCUUUCAUAUUAAGGCAUAUUUUUCUACAUUGUUAUCACCUUUAAAUAGUCGUAAUAAGUGGCAUGUAAAAGCAAGAAUAAAUGAUGGAACAAGCUAUCUCGACGUCGAUGUUAGUGAUCAGGUUCUUUCAGAAAUCAUUGGUUUUAGCGCAGAAAAAUUUAAUAAAUUGAAGUUAGUUUCUGAUCAAAGUGAACGAAAGCUUAUGCAACAGGGAUUAAAAAAUUGUCAGCAAACACUAUCGCAAAUAAACUGCGUGAUGGAGAUUAUCCUCAACCGGAGUGCAGUUCCACUUUUAAUACAGUUAAAGCAAUCGACUAUAUACAAUAUGAAAAAUCUAAUAACCAGGGUAAAGUGUCGUCAUUGA